UGUUAUUUGUUUGUUGUGAAGCGGGCUUGUGUCCUUGACGAAACGUCAAAAUGUGUCGGUAACCAAGAAAAAGAUAAACAUUUCAGAGUGGGUAGUUCUUGCUGUGAUUGUGAUUUUUUGUAACACUUUUGAAUGAACAUUGUGAAAUGAGUGCCGAAGAAACCAUCUGCGAGGGUGAAAAGCCCCAAUCGGCGCCAGAACCAUGCGUUGAAGAAAAUUCAAAGCAAUCUUUUCGAAAAAAAGUUUGGGAGUAUUUAGAAAAGAACAAGUUGGUAAAUUUUCCGCGGCCGGCUUUCGGUCGUAUUCCCAAUUUCAAGGGGGCUGAUAAGGCCGCGGCCCGGCUUCUGGAGCUCGAGGAAUUCAAAAAUGCGAAAUCGGUCGAGGUCAACCCUGAUAAGCCUCUGGAGGCGUCGCGGACUCUCGUUAUUGAAAACGAUAAAACCCUCUACGUGCCUAUACCCAAACUCCAGGAAGGUCUUUUGAAAAAAAUCGCGUUUUGUGAGGCCGACAAGCCCAAAAACGUCAAGCAGACUGUCACGCGAUGGGGGAUUGAGACUUUGGGCAAGUCGGUGGAUUUCGAGGAUGGUCUCCACAUUGAUCUGUUUGUCCUGGGGAGUGUUGCUGUCUCCAAGGACGGCCGCAGGAUCGGCAAGGGGAAAGGAUACGCCGAUCUGGAAUACGCGAUCCUUAAGGAGAUGAAGGCUGUCGAUGACGAUACUACUAUUGUUACGACAGUGCAUGAUUCACAAGUGUUUGAUAGUUUGCCAAGUGACAUUUUUAAAAAGUAUGACGUGCCUCUUGAUUAUAUUUUGACGCCGACUCAAAUUAUCAAAGUUGAGAAGAAAUUGCCAAGACCCGACGGAAUCUAUUGGGAUAUUUUGUCGCAAAGGAGAAUCAAUCUCAUGCCCGUUUUGCAGAAAAUUAAAGAAAUUCACCAGAGUGAGGGUAAAGAUACGACUUUGAAAGAAGAAGACACCGACGUGGAAAGUGAGGAAAAACCUAGAAAGUACCCUAAAUCACGACCAAAGCCGAAUCUUGCAGAACGAAAUGGAAUCACAAAUUCUAGCGAGAAGCCACGAAAAAGGCGAUUUUUCCGAAGGACUAGGUCUGCGAAAAUAACAAACGAAAACGAAGAUCCGGGGAAUAAGGAAAACAACGUUACACCGCCUAUGAAGAAGAAACCCCGACCCUUCCGUCGCAACCCCCGCCGCCAGCAAGUCGAUUUCUCCCUUGUCGUGAGCAACAUCGACAAAAACGUCCGCGUGCGUCACUUGAAAGACGCUUUAAUUGAUCACGGGAUCAAGCCGAACAACAUCACAUGGCGCGGCUAUAAAGGCUUCUGUUAUUUGCAUUAUGCCAAGCCGGUAAAGAAGGAAGCCGACAAAAUUGUCGAAGAAAAACCGUUUGCUGUCGAUAAUGUUAUCGAAAUACUUCAAACUUUGAAACUCAACCCGGAAUCUCCAAAUAAUUUGAGCGUCAAAGUUAUGGAACCAAUUACGAGAAUUGAAACGACUGAUGUUACAGCUGUUUGAAGCGAAAACAAAUCUUCCAUCUGGCUUCCAUUAUUUGCCUUAGUAGUUAUUUUUGAGUUUUUAGGUUGCCUUUGAGUACAAGUUUUUAGUUCCUGGAUUUUGUAAUCUAGAAGAAAAGACUAAUUUUUAUAAGGUUUGUGUAAUUUGUUGGACAGAAAGAGAAUAAAGCCUUUUUUCAAAA